AUGAGGUUUACAAUAUCCAAGGAUGACACAGUUAUUCUUGAUGGGGUUGGCGACAAAAAAGGAAUUGAAGAAAGAUGUGAACAGUUGAGAUCAUCAAUUAAAUUGAGCACUUCUGAUUAUGAUAAGGAGAAGCUCCAAGAGAGAUUAGCAAAAAAUUCUGGUGGUGUUGCCAUUGGCGGAGCGAGUGAAGCUGAAGUUGGUGAGAAGAAUGAUAGAGUUACUGAUGCUCUAAAUGCUACAAAGACUGCAGUUGAAGAAGGAAUUGUGCCAGGUGGUGGUGUUGCUCUUCUAUAUGCUUCAAAGGAGCUUGAUAAUCUUAUUACAGCUAAUUUUGAUCAGAAGAUUGGUGUUCAAAUAAUUCAAAAUGCUCUCAAGGCACCGGUACACAGUAGCUGCGAAUGCAGGAGUAGAGGGUGA